AUGAGCCAAGCAAUGCGACACGACCUGCAGCACCACUCCGUGCAGGAAGAGUUGUCCCAAGUCCUGGGCACCUUGAUGUCCCAGCAGGAGGACCUGCAACGCACGCGCAAGCGCCUGGCGGGUGCCACGCGGACCGUGGCACUCAGCCUCUGCCACGGGCAGACGGACACAGUCCGCUUGGCCCUGUCGGGCUGGCGCCGCCGCGCGCAGCGCACAGGCGAAGCCGGGACGCGGGCUUCAGCGCGGACCAAGGAGUUCAGUGACAGCUUGCUGCACCUCGUGCUGGCUCGCUGGCACCAGGUGGCCAAGAAGCAGAAGCACCGCCAUCAGGUCUGCGCCAAAGCCUUGCAUGUGAUCCUCAAGGACCAGGCCGCAGCUUUGCGGAUCUUGGUGGGCGGCUGGCAUCUCCUGGCCAAAGCAGGAAAGGCGGAUGCCCAGGCCUUGCAGCAACGCCGCACAGGCCGCGACACCCGCUGCGCAGCACUGCAGCGGUUUGUUUGGGAGUUCGACAGCGCCCUGCUUCUCUCCGCACUCGCAGCCUGGACUCGAAGCACCAAGGCGGUCGGCCUGCGCAAGCGCUUUGUCAAAGGCUCCGCCAACUUCUGCGAGACCGUAGAUGGCCUUUGCCAGGCAGCACGGCUCCAGGCCCUCUUCACAGCCUGGGUGGAUGUGCUCGUGAUCUCACAGACAGCCGCCAUGCGUCUCGGCAUUCGACGGCCACAGGAGGCCUUGUGCGGUCUUUGGGGCGCCCAAGGGGUGACGAAGAGGCGGCAGGCUGUCGACGAGCAGCAGCUGCAGCAGCAGCUACACGAGGCAGCCAGGGCUCAGGCACGAUUGGCCCCCAUCCGCCUGCAGCAUCUCACCGCCCAAGCGGUCUUCAGCCAAUGGUCCGGUUUCAUCACGCAGCUCCAUCAGGCAAGGUCCCUUGCAGCGUUGGUGGAACAGCGCAUGGCUCAGGGCAUUCUUCGGGGGACGUUUGGCGGCUGGCGCGACGUCCAUAGUCGGAACCCUUCGGCAGUCAUUCGAGCGAAGCAGCACAAUUGGACGACAAGGCGCGGCCGCUGCUUGGGGAGAGUGCUCACGUCGGCGCUGGACCGCGAUGGGCAGGCCUUGGAUCGCCUCACCUGGACCACGGCCUUCUCACUUUGGGCUGCCGAGUCGCGGCGCGCGCGAGGUGAGCGCGUGGGCUCAGCGGAGAAGCUGUCAGACAAUUUGGCCGUGACAGUCAUGCUCUGGCGCCAGGACCAGUUCUAUGGUCUCGUGUCCCGCACGAUGGUCGCGUGGCAGGUUGCCGUUAUUCAGGACGCUCGUGAAAGACAUCAACAGUCGUCGGAGGCGCGACGGGUGGCGCUGCUCCAGGCAGCACAGGUGCUGACGCGAGACACGCCCAACAUGCUGGCUGCAACCCUGGCGCUGCGGGCGCUGCUGGCCUGGAGGCGCUUGGCCCAGGUCAGCGAUGUUCGUGUGAAUCGCCGCAAGGCGCACAUCGCGGCUGUGCUGACAACCAGCGGCAAGAAGUCGGACGAAGGCUUCUUACGAAUCUGCGUGCACUGGUGGCAGAUGGAGGCCAAGACUGCCUCACACACGAGCGCGCAGAACCUACGAAAGUCGAACUUCUACCAGCUGGCAGAGUACGUCCUCCACCGUGACGAGCUCUUCUGCGUCCUGGAAGUGUGGUUCGUGCGCUGGCGUUGGAGCUACUUCGGGCAGCGCUGCAUCAGCCUGGAGGGCGAGGUGAGGAUGUUGGCGAACCUGCUCAACGAGUCUACGCUGACGUGCAGGGAGCUCCGAACGCAGCUACUCACACUCCGGGGCAGCAGCUGGCGCAUGGGCAGAACCGCACUAUGGGCGAUGUUCAUAGCGUGGCACCGGAUGAUCUCGGCCACGCCUCGGAUAGAAGGCAUCCCGGCUACAGCAUCCAUGCCAGCUGUGGCAGCGGGGCUCCGCGUGGCGGCGCGACGUCUAUCCACGACCGUUCCAGCCAUCACGCGCUGA